GUCACAGGCGAAGAUUCACUAGUGGCGAAGCAAAGUAUAUCUCGUAAGGACUUUCGACGUCGCGUCCUUAAAUAUCGGCGCUGCAAAUGGAGUAAAUUUGGUGUUGAGUUUAGCUGCUGUAUUCAAAAACUUCGUGCUGUUCUCGGGACGCAAAAUGCACCUAAUGAUAGUGACGGAUGUUGCUUAUGCGUGUAAGUGUGUGUAAUGAGUGCACGUGACAGAAGUUCACAAAAUGAAACCUCAACAUCGACGCACAAUGUGAUCGACAAUCCACAGUCUGCUGGGGGCCCGGUCCCCACCAGCAGUAGUAAUAGCAGUGUCGCGGGAGGAGGCAUGGAGUCACAGUUGGCGCAGCCACAACCUAGUCCGUUGAAGGGAAACAUCAUGGGCUCUGGUGAUGGGGAGCUUGUCAAGUUGGCUGAUAACAGCAACAUUCACACAUACACUCCCCAUUCAUCUCCAGUUCCCCCAAUACAGGCUACAACAGUAGCUGCGGAAGUAACUCCUAACUCUACUCCAUCCUCCUCCCCUCGAAGACCACUCUCACUUUCCUCGGAACCUCCUGCCAAACGUAUCAAAAUAGAGGACAAACCAACAGACUCUUUAGAGUUAAGAAAAGUAAUUAUUGAAUGGAAGACUAAUAAACUAGAAAGUGUGAAAGAAAAGUACAAUAGUCAUUUAGUAGAGAAAUUUUUUUUAGAAAACAUUGGUAAUCUCAUGGAUUACCAAAGUUGGUGCAGGCGUCCUCCACGGGAAUUUUUGAACUAUAUUCGUCAACACAAACUAGAAGGAGAUGAGUCUCUUGAAGCCAAAUUUACCACUCCAAGUCCAUUCCAGCUUAUCACUGGGGUGCCGGUAAAAACAGAAAAUACUCCGGGUGCACAGCCUUCUCCUAGUAAAGCAAACAUGGGCAACCUUGCAAAGACAUCCACAUCACCUGUUAAGCCAGGUAAAGGUCUAACUGGUGUUGGAAGUCGACAGAAAACAUUAUCUACUAGUGAAAAUACAACAAUGGCAGCACAGCAGGACCAAAUGGUGGAGAAAGCUAGGCAGGAAGCUUAUGUUGUGCAACGCAUUGCUGCCUUGCGAAAGGAGGGUUUGUGGUCAGAAAAAAGAUUGCCCAAAGUUCAUGAGCCUCCUAGACCAAAGGCUCACUGGGAUUAUUUGUUAGAGGAAAUGGUUUGGCUUAGUGCUGAUUUUGCUCAGGAACGUAAGUGGAAAAAAGCUGCGGCAAAGAAGUGUGCACGCAUGGUACAGAAAUAUUUUAUGGAUAAGGCAUUACAGGCACAGAAAGAAGAAAAAGAGAAAGAAAUGAGGACUAGGAAAAUUGCUGCUUUUAUUGCAAAAGAAGUACGAACAUUUUGGAGCAAUACAGAAAAGUUUAUUCAUUUCAAGAUAACAACUAAGUUGGAUGAAAAGAAAAAGAAAGCGUUAGACCAGCAACUCAGUUUCAUUGUUGAUCAGACAGAAAAAUACUCCUCAAUGCUAGCAGAGAGCAUGAACAAACCGGCGGUACUAGACUCCGCUGCUGUUUCAACUUGCACCACUCCAUCGCAAGAUGCAAGAAUGUCUGAUGAGGAAUUCCAACCAGAAGAGUCAUCUGACGAUGAUGAGGCCACCAUAGCUAAAGAAGAGGAUAACCCAGAAGAACAAGAAUCAGAGUUACAGCUCUUGCAAAAAGAAUCUGAACAAACCAUAGAAGACCUUCUGAAGGAUCUCCCUGAGGGUUAUUUCCAAGAGAUUCAACAGUCCUGCAGCAAUUCCCCUGAACAAAUUUCGGAAGAAAUAACCCAUGAAGCUGAGGAGGAAAUAGUCCCUGUUGAAGACAAGGAAGACAAGGAACCGGAAAAGACUGAAAGGAAAGGAAAGAAGAGGAAAGCAGAAUCUGAGAAUGCUGAUGAGGAUUUCAAAGCUGAUGAGUCGGGUGAAGAUGAUGAAAACACCAUUGAAGAAGAAGAAGCCAAAGAAGGAGAAACAGACCAUCAAAAGGAAUUGGAUGAGCUUCAGGCUGAGAAUGAAAUGUCCGUUGAAGAAUUAAGGAAGAAGUAUGCGGAGUUGGCUGCAAAUGCUGAGCCAAUGGAAAAAGAUGAGUCGGAAGAUGAAAGUGGUGAGGAAGAAGAGGAGAGUGAGGAUGAAGGGGUGUCUGGAGAUGAUGAAAAAGAGGAUGGGGAUAGUGAUGAUGAAGAGGAAGAAGAAGAGGUGCCAAGUGAUGAAGAGGAGGAAGAUUUAGGUCUUGGUCUUGAAACUUUAAUGGAGGAAGACUUGGAAGAGCCAAAAGGAGACCGGGAAAAGGCAGACAAAGAACUCCAAGAUGCAACAGCAGCAGCAGAAGCAUUGCAGCCCAAAGGCUUUACUCUUUCCUCCACUUCUGUAACAACUCCUAUCCCAUUCCUGCUCAAACACAUGUUGAGAGAGUAUCAGCAUGUUGGCUUAGAUUGGUUGACAACCAUGUAUGACAAAAGGCUUAAUGGUAUCCUUGCUGAUGAAAUGGGUCUAGGAAAGACCAUCCAGACAAUCGCACUACUUGCACACUUAGCUUGUGAAAAGCGGAAUUGGGGACCACAUCUUAUAGUAGUGCCAACCUCCGUUAUGUUGAAUUGGGAAAUGGAAUUUAAGAAAUGGUGUCCGGCUUUCAAGAUUUUAACUUACUAUGGUACUCAGAAGGAAAGAAAGAUGAAGAGGCAGGGUUGGACAAAACCCAAUGCAUUCCAUAUAUGUAUAACAUCGUAUAAGUUAGUAAUACAGGACCACCAGAGUUUCAGACGGAAGAAAUGGAAGUACUUCAUUCUCGAUGAAGCUCAGAACAUAAAAAAUUUCAAAUCUCAGCGUUGGCAAUUAUUGCUCAACUUUCAAAGCCAAAGACGCUUGCUGCUCACAGGCACACCUCUCCAAAAUAAUUUGAUGGAGUUGUGGUCUCUGAUGCACUUCUUGAUGCCGAAUGUCUUUGCCUCUCAUCGGGAGUUUCGGGAGUGGUUCUCCAAUCCUGUGACAGGCAUGAUCGAGGGAAACAAGGAAUACAAUGAAAACAUUAUCAAAAGAUUACAUAAGGUGCUAAGACCCUUUAUUUUAAGAAGAUUGAAAACUGAAGUAGAGCAACAAAUGCCCAAGAAAUUUGAGCAUGUUGUCAUGUGUCGUUUGUCAAAAAGGCAGCGGUACCUUUAUGAGGAAUUCAUGUCAAGAACCAAGACAAAAGAAACUUUAGCCUCUGGUAAUUUCUUGAGUGUGAUUAAUGUACUGAUGCAGCUUAGAAAAGUAUGCAACCACCCCAACUUAUUUGAACCUCGGCCUACAAUAUCCCCUUUUAUGAUGGGGGGCAUACAGUAUGAUGCACCAUCCAUCAUUUAUGGAAUAUGUGAUUAUGAUCCUUUUAAGCACAUUGACCUCUUCAGUUUGAAUUUGCUUCUUGCUGACUUGGAGCUUUGUUUGACUGCCUUUGCUGCCCAUCGCAUUCGAAAAUUUCAAGCCUCGCGACGUCUUAUUGAGGAGAUUGAUUCCGCAGCUGAUCCACCCCCGAAGUGCCCUGCGGGAAAGAUAAAACUUCAUGUUCGGCCAUCUAGUCAGUCAGUGCCCAAACCACCUGGAGUGUCCCCAGCUAACACUCCAAGACCUACACUUGCAACUGGAUCUGUUCGCCCCCAGUUGGCUCCUACUCCAACAUUAGCUGCAGCUCCAACUGCUCUUCAGGCUGGUGGAGGAGUUCGUUUCCAUCUUGUUCAGCAAGGUGGAACUAUUAAAGCAAUCCAAGUUCCAGCAAGUGGUUCAAAUAUUGGUAGUUUAGUCAUACAGCAGACCCCUCAAGGACCUCGCCUGAUGGUGCCGCAGCGCACUAACAUUGGGUCUCCAGCUGGCACUGCCACGGUAGGAACAGCAUCACCUUCUGGAGGGCUGCAGCUUUUGCAGACUGCUUCAGGCCAGUUAUUAUUGACUACAGCUCCUGUGCAAAAGCCAGCAACUCCUACACUUUCCCAAGGAAUCAGUGGAACUGCUGCAGCUGCUCUUUUGCAAAGGCUGCAGGGUUUGAAGGGACUUCAGGGCUCAACAAUCACAACUGGAGCUGGUGGCCGACCUGUGUUGAGGUUGCCCCUUCCUGCAAACACGCUUAGACCACAUACUCAGCAGGUUGUUAGUGGUGCUCAGAGUGUGGUCUCUCCUUUACGCACUCAAACACCAGCACCUGUUCCUGCUGUUUCAACUCCACCUCCAGCACCAACUCCCACUACAACUGCAACCUCCACUAUCAUACGACCAAGCACACCUUCUCCAGCUCCUCGAACUUCAGCCCCGAGCACUCCCACUAAACCAACUACAAGAACUGAACAAAGGGAAGCAGAGCGGCAAGAGGAAAAAAGAAAAGAUGAUGAGAGGAAAAGGAGCUUAUUUUUUUUAAAUGACCUGGAUGAAAGAAAGAAGAAGAGUAGAAAAGAAAAAUUAUCUUUGAUAGCAAGACUAAAUAUUAGGAAAUGCCAUGCAUGCCCCAUUUAUGGAGCAGAUUUAAUUGAAGCUGUGACAGUAAUAGGAAAUAUUGAGAGUAUUGCCACCUCCAGUGGUAAUUAUUCUGGGCAAGGACUGGUUCAUUGUCUACAUGGCACUUCUCCAAAUCCACGCGCCUUUUGGAUCCAGACAGAUAUACUUCAUCAGGUGGUUUAUACCCCUGAAAAAUAUCUAAAAGACCUUAAGGAUAUUACAGAUCGUUUCAUAUUUGUAGUUCCAUCAGUUCUUUCACCUCCAAUUGUGUUGAGAAUAUGCCAUCCCCCUCCAUCAAAGUUAUGGCAAGAAGAAAGACAACAGCUAAUGUUGAAGAAGGAGAUAGCGCCAUACUUAACACCUCUCCAUCACAUCAUGAAUGCUUCUGUUACACAGUUCCCUGACCCUAGACUUAUUCAAUAUGACUGUGGCAAGUUACAGACGCUGGAUCGUUUGUUGCGGCAGUUGAAAUCGGGUAGUCACAGAGUUUUAAUCUUCACCCAGAUGACCAAGAUGCUGGAUGUCUUUGAAGCCUUUUUAAAUUAUCAUGGCCAUCUAUAUCUUAGAUUGGAUGGUACCACUAGGGUGGAACAGAGACAGGUGCUGAUGGAAAGAUUUAAUCAGGAUAAACGUAUUUUUGCCUUCAUAUUGUCAACCCGAUCUGGAGGAAUAGGUGUGAAUCUCACAGGAGCAGAUACAGUCAUAUUUUAUGACUCUGAUUGGAACCCUACCAUGGAUGCUCAGGCACAAGAUCGUUGUCAUCGUAUUGGUCAGACUCGAGAUGUACAUAUCUACCGCUUGAUAUCAGAAAAGACGAUUGAAGAGAACAUCUUGAAAAAGGCUAAUCAGAAACGCCUUUUGGGUGAUUUGGCCAUCGAAGGUGGAAACUUCACAACAGCACAUUUCAAAAAGAUAUCAAAAGGAUUAAAAAAUAUAUGUCCCCAACACAAAUAUGCUCUAUCAAGAGGCCUAACAAACAAUGGCAUUUCAGAUAUUGGCUUAAGGCAGGCCAUGCCAUUAACUGGGAUAAGUCAUCUACAAUCUGCAAGACCAAUGACUAUCAGAAAAGAAACCUUCUGGAAACUUAUGCUAUCAAAAAUGUACUGGUGUGUUAAGUAUGAAAAAUAUAUUUUUAGAAUUAAAGGACUAACUUUGAGCUGUGUAAAUAAAGGUUUUAUUCUUCUUCUUUUUCAGGUGUGGUUGUCAUUGUGUGGAAGAGAAGAGAUGCCAGUUUGGCAUCCUCCAACACCCCCAAGAGAUGAAAAUGACCUCUAUAUUGAUCAUUCCCUUGGUUUUUGGUAUGAUCCAAGCAUCAUGCCUGAGUCUGCGCUUCCACCAUUCUACAUCAAGAAGGAGCACAAGAGGAUUAAGAUUGAACCAGGAACGGGAGCAUUAGCAAAUGAUGAAACUGUUGGUCUGCGUCGGGUCCAAAAGCAUAGACGUGAAGAUGCUGUCUAUGCACCAAGGUCACUCUUUGAUCGUCCAUCCCCUGCUAUCGUCAAGAUUCGUCAAGCUCUGAAGCAUCAGAAAUACAGAGGCAUUGUUAGACCUAGCAUUCCCUUACCAGGCUUAAAGCCUUCACUGCUAACCAAGCCACCUGUGGCAGAGCCUGAAAAUGCUCCUGAAUGGACUGUAAAUGAAGACUGGGCUGUAGUGCAGGCAUUACAGCAACACUUGCAAGUUGAACUUCCAAUAAAUCUAUUAGUUUUAUCUCCUGGACAUACACCCAACUGGGAUCUAGUAGCAGACUUGGUUAAUUCCAUCUCUCGCUGUUUCCGAUCUGCACGCCACUGCCGAGCACGGUACGAGAGCACCAUUUUACCUCGAGAAGAAGGUAAAUUACCUCCGGACACACCCACCAAAAAGAUUUCCAAGAAGCAGAAGUCUGGUAUCCUUUCAAAACCCUUACACAAAAGCUCGCGGCCAAUGAGGACAUCACAUCUAUUCAGAGAGGAUAAUAACAGUACAUAUUCAGGCCUUUAUUCUUCACGUUUUGAAACCAUCAAGAGCAUAGCUAUUAAACGCACACCUACUACCAAACCCCCUCUCAUCAAUUCAACUCAUAAAAACCCAAAACAUGCUCAGGUUCUUUUAGAAUCUGGUAUCCAGUAUGAUAAUCCUCUUAAUCCUGGUCAAGUGGCAGCAAAUCUUGCCGAGCGGAUACAAAGAGCCAAACAGAAAUCACAAGCUGCAGCUGAACUGGCACAGCAGCAGAAGUUACUUCAACAGCAGCAACAACAACAACUUCAGUUACAACAGCAGCAGCAGGCUCAGAUCACUGCUAACCAGUUACAACAUCAGUUACAACAGCAAACACAGGGUCAGUCGCAACCACAAGCAACCCAGCAACAGCAAGGGCAACAAGGUCAACAGCAGGUGUCAGUUGUUGGCAGUAGUGCAGUUCAGCAGGUAGUCAGUUCUGGAUUAACAACCAAAGUAGCCACCUCUGUUGUUUUAAGUCAAGGCACAGCUAUGACAGUAGCUACUGUUACUGCUACAACAUCUGCUUCUACUCCAGCAACAUCCACAGCUGCAGCUGCUAUUCUUAGUGGAGUAAGAACAGCUGUGGGGACCACAGGGAGUGCUGCAGCUGGUAGACCAACCCUGUCAUUGCAGGAACUGCAGGUACGAACUCCUGGAACAGUUGUGACUGUGGCAAGUCUUACUCCUGCUCAGUUAACAACAGCCAAAAUAACAGCAACACUUGCAACACAGUCAUCUACACAGAAAGGCGUCUUUGUAGGUCGGGCCCUUACUGCUGCACAGAUGCAGUAUUUAAAGCAACAGGCACAAGCAAGACAAGCAAUAACCCUGCAACACCAGCAGCAAGGAAAAGUAGUGGCUGCUGAUCAGACCAUCAAGAGAGUACAGAUUGGUGGGCAGUCUGGUACAACUCAAAAGGUUCAAGUUGCUGUAUCAGGGGGACCCAUUGCUGGUGUCAAUCCUAUUCAGGUGAGUCAAGCCGGCCGUACUCAGCUCGUAAAACCUGGAACUGUAGUAGCUGGCACAAGUGGAGUAAUGGCCACUGGUAAAGUCACACGCACAGUGACUGACAGGGAGGUUGCUGCUAUACUCAAACAGCAGCAGCUAAGCAAAACAGGACAGAUGGCUCAGGUGCAAGUGCCCUCAGCACAGUUGUUAGCUGGUCUACAGGUGCAAGGGGGUGUGAGUGGUGGUGGGACCCCUGUACCCACAUUGGUUAAGACAGUGAGUGCUCCGUCCACCCUGGUGCACACACCUACCUGUGUCACCCUGCCUGUGUCAGCCAUUAAUGUUACGCUUCCUCAGGCACGCGUCAGCACCGCUGCAACUGUCACCAAAGCUGGCAACACCCAACAGACUGUACGAAACAUUCCCUUACAGCAGCAAAUAUUGGCUGCUAAGCAGAGGUCACUAGUUGGCGUUAAGGGUCCUGUAGGGCUCCAACUUGGCAGUAAGGCUGUUGGAAGUUCUGGUCUCAGUACUGUGCAGAUUGUGCAGGGAGGUGGCCAGAAGCAAAUGUCUCAUGUCACAGUGCAGCAGAUUCAGCAAGUUUUGAAGCAGGUGCCACAGCAGUCUAUUCAACAUAUUACUCAAGGUGGCACUGUGAGUGGUACUAUAGUAGGAAAAGCUGUAGCAGGUGGGAGUGUGGCAGGAACAAGUGUCGCUACAUCCGGCGGCACACAGGGCAUUACCACAUCUCACACAACAAAGCUCAUUCCCAUGACUGUAUCUUCACAACAGCAGCAAUCCAUAAAACAAACUAUACAGGUUGUUUCUGCUGGAUCACCUGUUGUUGGUGGAGGGUCUGCUAUCAGAGUAAGUGCAGGUGAACGCACGGCAACCUCCACUUUAGCACUGCAGUCAGGAUCUGUGAAAGUGACAAAUCCAAUACUUUCACAAGUGUCUGCAGCCUUGCAACCCAUGUCAGUGGCUGUAAGAACCCCAACACAGAGUCCUGUUAGAAUUCAGACUUCGGCCCUUCAGACUCAACAAACCACACAGACUCAGCAGCAACCACAACAGCAGUCCCAGCAAGGACAGCAACAGACUGGUGGAAAUGGCAACAGUAGUAGUAGUCAGUAAUUUUUCACAAAGCUCUCUGAUGUUGUUGGAUUCAAGGAUGUCUGUAUUAUGUUAUUUAGAAAGAGUAAUAUUUACACAGAAAGUAAAUAUUGCCAAAUUAUUGUCAUUAAAAGGGAAUCUUACUUCACCUCCAUAGCUUACAUAUUGUGAUAAACCAAAAAGUGUUUUCCCAAACUUUUUUUUCCAAAAGAAAGGUACUUUUAUUUAUUGUGAUACAAAUGCAUAGUCCUAGACUCUUGUGAUAAAUUUGAUUAAAAAACAAAAAACAAAGUACGUAGUUGCAGAAAUUCUUUGACACUGAAUUGUGGUUCAGCAGCUUUAUUAUAUUUUGUUGUAAAUAUUUAGUUGUAAGCCGAUUUUAUAUUUAUAAAUAUACACUAUGUAAAUAAA